AUGGCUUCCUCUGAUGCUGCCAUCCACGCCAUUUCUGGUGCAGGCGGGGGCAUUCUCUCUAUGGCGUUGACAUAUCCCCUCAUAACCCUCUCCACACGCGCACAAGUCGAAUCCAAGCGCGCCGACUCCGGCUUCCUCAACGCUGUCAAGCGCAUUGUUGCGAGGGAAGGCAUAACAGGUCUCUACGCCGGACUCGACUCUGCGCUCUUCGGCAUCAGCGUUACGAACUUCGUAUACUAUUACUGGUACGAAUGGACUCGUGCCGGGUUCGAGAAGGCAGCUGUGAAAGCCGGACGGGCCUCGAAAAGGCUUACUACAAUUGAGUCGAUGAUCGCUGGUGCGAUUGCUGGAUCUGCGACUGUCCUGCUCACAAAUCCGAUUUGGGUGGUCAACACGCGGAUGACAACAAGGAAGAGAAAUAAUGAAACUGAAGAGAGUCUGUUACCUGGUGCUAAGGCGCCGAGAGCACCCACGACCGUAGGUACAUUGCUUGCUUUGAUCAGAGAGGAGGGCCCACAAGCUUUGUUUGCUGGCGUUGUACCGGCUUUGGUGUUGGUCAUCAACCCGAUUCUUCAAUACACGAUUUUUGAGCAGCUGAAGAACAUGUUGGAGAAGAAGAAGAGGAUUACGCCAACCGUUGCAUUCUUGUUGGGUGCUCUCGGGAAGCUGUUUGCUACCAGCAUUACAUACCCCUACAUCACGGUCAAGAGCCGCAUGCAUGUUGCUGGCCGCGAUGGUGGUAAGGAGAAUAUGGUUCAUGCUAUGAGAAGGAUUACCAACGAGGAAGGCUAUGUUGGGUUUUACAAGGGAAUUGGACCAAAGGUUACUCAGAGUGUCCUCACUGCCGCAUUCUUGUUUGCCUUCAAAGACGUUCUCUAUGAGCAGACAAUCAAGCUUCGAAGAAAGAUUCCCGCAAAGGCGUAA